AUUGUCUCCGCUGGCCCCAGCAGCGCGGUGCUGCUGGAGAGAACGGCCCGGGGCGGAGGCGAGCGGGCUGCGAGGCGGGAGGCUCCGCUCCAUGGACAAGGUCCCCAGCGGGCCGGAGCCGGACGCAGGCUGAGCCAGCCUCGCUGCGGGCUCGGCGUGGAGAAGCGGGCGCAGAUCGUCUCUGCGGGCUGCUAGCCGAGUCCCGGCCCUGCAGCCAGGCGGGCGGGCGGGCGGCCCUUGCCUGCUGUUCCCCCCGGCCCGCAGCCCGGUGGGCGGACCCUCCCUCACUCCCCCCCGCCCCGGCUGUGGAUGAGCAGCUGGGGGCCUCUCGGGACCUGGCGGGGGGAACAUGCCGGAGGCGCGGGUGAAUUUUAAUUCCUAGUUUGCCGUCCCCGCCUCCUCCGUUUUCGUCAGCCUCCCUUCCCCCCGCCGAGGGGUGUCUGUAGGGGCUCGGUGCUGAGCGCUCUCGGUCGGGCGGCGGCGGGCCGGCCCAUGGGCGGCAAGCAGAGCACCGCGGCCCGCUCGCGGGGGCCCUUCCCGGGGGUCUCCACCGACGACAGCGCCGUGCCCCCGCCCGGGGGGGCGCCCCACUUCGGUCACUACCGGGCCGGCGGCGGCGCCAUGGGGCUGCGCAGCCGCUCCGUCAGCUCGGUGGCUGGCAUGGGCAUGGACCCGAGCGCGGCCGGCGGGGUCCCCUUCGGCCUCUACGCCGCGGCGGCCCGGGCGGCGGGCGACCCCGAGCGGGCGCCGGGCGGCGGCGGCUCGGGCGCAGACUCCACCUACGCCCAUGGCAAUGGUUACCAGGAGACGGGAGGCGGUCGCCAUGGAGACGGGAUGCUGUACCUGGGCCCGCGAGCCUCGCUAGCCGACGCGCUGCCCCUGCACAUCGCGCCCCGCUGGUUCAGCGCGCACAGCGGUUUCAAGUGCCCGAUUUGCUCCAAAUCUGUGGCUUCUGACGAGAUGGAAAUGCACUUUAUCAUGUGUCUGAGCAAGCCCCGCCUCUCCUACAACGAUGAUGUGCUGACUAAAGACGCGGGCGAGUGCGUGAUCUGCCUGGAGGAACUUCUGCAGGGGGACACGAUAGCCAGGCUGCCCUGCCUGUGCAUUUAUCACAAAAGCUGUAUAGAUUCGUGGUUUGAAGUGAACAGAUCUUGCCCAGAGCAUCCUUCUGAUUGACCUGCUGGGCAUGCCUGCUGACUUCUCUCUAAGGGCACCUUGCUGUACCUGCCAUUCAUCCUCUCCCCUUCCCACCUGCCCCAGCCAGAGUUUCAGGCUGACUCUUCAACUUCUCAAAAACCAGAAACUUGAAUCCACUUGGAUGCUGCCAAUUUUUUUUUUAAUUUAAAGGAAAAAUCAAUACAGGCGAGCUUGUCCCUGCAAGCAGAGCUGCCUUCUCUCCAUACUUUCACCUCUGCCACCACUGACAUGGGGGGAGAAGAACCUGCUAAGCAAGGGAGAGGAAGCGGGAGCAGUGAAUUGUGACCCUGAAAUGAAAUUCCGUCAUGCUGUUUGGCUUAAGGGCCUUUUCUUCCAGCCGUGAAAGGAAAGCUGACCCGGGACGGAGCUGUCAUGGGCCGACUGGAGCCCGCGUUAUUUAUUCCUGUUGAAACCCAGGUGAAUUCCUGUAUCCCUAGCGAACGCCUUCGCGCUGGGCGGGGCCUGGCACCGCGAGCCCUGCUCACUUUUGCACUGACUACGGAUUUUUUUUUCCCUUUGAGGACACCAAACUGUAAUCAGCCGAACAUGACAGGAGACGAACGGUCCCCAGCAACGGGGGCAGCUUCUGUUCACCUGCAGAAGGCGUUGUAGGUCUGUCUUUAAAGUGUUUACAAAAAAAACAAAACAAUUCAGUGUCGACUGGUGUGUUUGCCUGGUGAUGUUUACGGACUGACCGCUCUUGAACUGGGCUAUUACCGCUCAGUGACUGAAAUAGCCAGAUGCCACCCAAAAAGCUUUCAUCCUCUCACUGGCCUCCUCCCACUCAGCCUCAUGAUAGUGGCCAAAAAAGGAUUCCUUAUUUCUUUUGAUGAGUCUCCACUGAACUUUCCCCUCCUUUUGUGUGUGUGUGUAUAAAGGGGAGGGGGAAGGUUUCAUUAUAGUUAAAGGUUCUAAGUCAUAAGCAUCCUGCAGAGACGCCGGAUCCUUUUUAUUAGACCCACGUGGAUUUUUUUUGUUCCAGACAGAAAAAAGAAAGAGGUCGGAUUUUAUUAAAGCAAUCACACCCACACACCCACCACCACCUGCUGUUGAGGAGAGCAGCACAUGGGAGGAGCAUUUUAGCCAUGGCAAAGUUCCCCAGCGGUGGGCUUGGGCCCUGCCGGAAAGGUUUCUGUAUUUAUAUAUUAAAAAAAAAAAAAUUAAAAUUAAAAAGAAAUUGUUCAGAGCUUGGGGGGGAGGGGAGCUUUCUUCAUUAGUCUAGGUGUUUUGAUAUGGUAUUAAAAUACUGUUCAAUAACCUCCUCGCUGCUUUAUUUCAGUGGUAUUAGCGAAGCAGCCUGGCAUGGGAACCGGAUGCUGCGUGGGCCCCGGCACCAGGGCAUCCUUGUUCAGGGCAUUGGAUUGGACAGUGCUGGUGAGGGGGUGGGGCUAAGGGCACUAGAUCCGCUACUGCUCAGAGAGACACAGCCAAAGGCCAGAACAUGCCAUCGUGAUCCUGUAGUCUGACCUGCAGGCCACAGAACCUCAUGUCCUGUGAUCGACCCCUAGCCUCUAGCUGAGUCCCUGGAGUCCUCACAUGAUGGAUUAAAGAGGUCAAGUUACAGGGAAUCCACCAUUUACUCCAGUUCAAACCAGCAAGUGACCCGUGACCCAUGGGUCUUGGCCAAUCUGCCCCCGGGAAAAUUCCUUCCCAGCCCCAACUACAGUAAUCAGUUAGACCCUGAGUAUGCGGGCAAGACCCACCAGCCAGACACCUAGAAAAGAAUUCUCUGUAGUAAGUCAAAGCCUGCCCCAUCUAGUGUCCUGUCUGCAGCCAUGGAGGAUAUUCGCUGCUAGCAAUCACAGAUUGCCUACAAUGGCAUGAGUCCCAUCUCAUCACACCAUCCCCUCCCUAAAUUUAUCAAGCUCAGUUGGGUUUUCUGCCCCCACUGCUCCCCUUGGGAGGCUGCUCCAGAACUUCACUCCUCUGAUGGUUAGAAACCUUCGUCUAAUUUCAAGCUUAAACUUGUUGAUGGCCAGUUUCUUUCCAUUUGUUCUUGUGCCAGUAUUGGCGCUUAACUGAAAUAACUCCCCUCCCUCCUUGGUAUUUAUCCCUGUGAUGUAUUUGUAGAGAGCCAUCAUAACGCCCCUCAGCCUUCAUUUGGUUAGGCUAAACAAGCCAAGCUCUUUGGCUCUUCUCUCGCAAGGUAGGUUUCCAUUUGACUGAUCAUCCUAGUAGCCCUUCUCUGCUCCUUUUCCAGUUUGAAUUCAUCUUUCUUAA